CUCUCUCUCUCUUAUUAAAGCUUUGCCUCUACCAUUACCUCCACCCAUUAACUCACCACCACAAAAAAUUUGGAAACUCUCUUCUUCCUACCACCCAUGCACUUGUUCUUCUCUGUAUAAAGCCCUCCCACAACCCCCCUUGGCCCUCUUCACCAACAAAGGCCCCCUCUCUGUCUCUCUCAUAAAAAGACCCACACAUCUAGCAUGGUUGAAGAGGAAUACUGCAACACAGUCCUUGGUCUCUCUAUAGGAGGAGGUGGCCACUUCCCCUCCAACCGAAGCCAUGACCGCAAGCCCCCCGUUCAGUUCCACAUCCUGUUCCCACCUCAACUGAAAGAAGAGGAGAUCAAAGAAGAAACAUCAACCAUAGGAGAAGAUAAGAAGAAGUUAUCGAGAUUAAAUUCUGAUAACGAAGAGGACUGCAUCAUAGGGGGCAGCAACAGAGGCGGCACGAGAAAGAAGCUCCGUCUCACCAACGAGCAAUCCAUGUUGCUGGAAGAUAGCUUUAGAACUCACAACACUCUUACUUCAAGCCGGAAGAACCACCUAGCACAACGCUUGAACCUGAGGCCACGACAAGUGGAAGUCUGGUUCCAAAAUAGAAGAGCUAGGACCAAGUUGAAGCAGACAGAGAUGGAGCGUGAGUUGUUGAACAAGAGCUGUGAGAGCCUGAUGAACGAGAACAGGAAGCUGAAGAGAGAGUUGAUGGAAGUGAGGUCAUGGCUAAAGCCCGGUUCGCCGUUCUACGUUCAACUCUCCAAAGCGGCGACUCUUAGCAUGUGUCCGUCCUGCAAAAAGAUGGCGAGCCAGGCUAUAGGCGUCAACCCUCUAAGCGUUUUUCCUAACAAAACAAACCAAGGUUGUACGGGUGCAGCAUCCAAGACUACGCUCGAACGGAGUACUGGUUCAUCUUUGUAAAUAACUAGCCAGUCUAGUUAAUUCUACCUCUAGCUUAGAUUUCAUAUAUUGAUCCCAAUAACACGAUUGUCUUAGAUGAAUGGUGGUCCAAGAAUAGGGUCAAAAGAGAAGCUGGAGUAUGUGACAUGACUAGGGCUUUGUCUAAUUUUUAUGUGCAGACUUCAUGAGAGUUGUUUCAAAAGAAUAAUAACCUUAUUUGUACAAA